AUGUUGGCCAAAAAGGCAACAGACAACUCACACAGCCAAGAGUCUUCCUACUUUAUGGGGUGGCAAGAAUAUGAGAAGAAUCCUUAUGAUGCUAUAGAUAAUCCAUCUGGGAUUAUUCAAAUGGGACUUGCUGAGAAUCAACUCUGCUUUGAUCUUCUUGAGCAGUGGCUAACAAGAAACAAAGAUGCAAUCCAGUUGAGGAGGAAAGAUGGAGAAUCAAUUUUCAAAGAAUUAGCUCUUUUCCAAGAUUAUCAUGGAUUGCCAUCUCUCAAGAACGAAUUAGCAGCAUAUAUGUCCAAACUUAGAGGAGACAAGGUGAAAUUUGAUCCUAAAAAGCUAGUGCUCACAGCUGGUUCAACCUCUGCAAAUGAAACCCUCAUGUUUUGCCUUGCUGAACCUGGCGAAGCUUUCCUUGUCCCAACACCUUACUAUCCAGGGUUUGAUAGAGAUCUUAAAUGGAGAACCGGGGUAGAAAUUGUGCCUAUCCAUUGUUACAGCUCCAACAGCUUCAGAAUAACUGAGUCCGCCAUGGAAGAAGCAUACGAAGCAGCUCAAAAGCUUGGCCUGAAAGUCAAAGGCGUCUUCAUCACCAACCCUUCAAACCCACUAGGCACAACGAUGACGGCCGACGAGCUGGACACGAUCGUCGCAUUUGCCGUCUCCAAGAACGUCCACAUCGUCAGCGACGAAGUCUAUUCCGGGACGGUUUUCGAUUCUCCGACGUUCAUCACGAGCCUAAUGUCGGCCAUAACCGACAAGAACCUGGAAAACCACAGCGUCUGGAGACGCGUCCACAUCGUGUCGAGCCUUUCCAAGGAUUUAGGCCUGCCGGGGUUCAGAAUCGGGAUGAUUUAUUCCAACAACGAAACCGUCGUGGCGGCGGCGACCAAAAUGUCGAGCUUCGGGCUCGUCUCGUCGCAGACGCAGUACUUGCUGGCGAACAUCCUCGGCGACAGGAAAUUCACGGAAAAUUACGUCGAGGAGAGCCGGAGAAGACUGAAGAAAAGGAGAGAGACCAUCGUUUCCUGGCUCGACGGUUUCGGGAUUCGGUGUUUGGAGGGAAACGCGGGAUUGUUUUGCUGGGUGGACAUGAGGCAUUUGCUGAGCUUCAACACCUUUGAAGCAGAAAUGGAGAUUUGGAUGAAAAUACUGUGUGAUGUUGGGCUAAAUGUCUCCCCUGGAGCGUCUUUCCAUUGCAGCGAACCGGGUUGGUUCCGCGUCUGUUUCGCGAACAUGUCGGAAGAAGCAUUGGUUGCGGCGAUGCGGCGGAUUAAGGUGUUUGUGAGUUCCGUCGUCGGCGUCGGAGAAGAUUGCCGGAAUAUUCAUCCUGGGAAUGAAGAGGUCACUUGUAUGCAGUAUUGACUGAAUUUCUAUCAUAAUUAAUAAUC